UGUCAAAUUUUACAAAGUAAUUUGUGCUCUGGAUUGCAAUACAACCAAACCUUUUUCCCCAAUUAUUUCAAUCAUAAAGAUCAAAGUAUCAGUCAGACUGAAAUGGAUGUUUAUAGACCAAUGAUUGUCAAUAACUGUUCACCGGUUAUACGCCAGUUCUUAUGCUCGUUAUACAUGCCUAAGUGUAUAUCGCCAACAUCGCAAACCAAACCAAUACCACCGUGUCGACCGUUAUGUAUACGAGCUCGAGAUGAUUGCAAGAAAUUUCUGUCCAAUAGUAACUUUGGCUUAACAUGGUCCGAUAGCUUUAAAUGUGAAAAUUUUCCCCCUGUUAAUGCAUUAGUGUGCAUUAAUGAAAAUUUUACAAUUGUCCAAAGUGUAUCCAGUAGACCACCUAGCGUCAACACUUCUACAUCACCGUCUACUCGUGCUUGUGGUAUUCUACAAAAUCAAAAAUCGGAAUAUACAUUUUUAAAUAUCCCAGGAUGUGCAAAACCUUGCCAUGACUUCUACUUUAAUAGUAAUCAAAUCCAACUAGCAUCAUCAGUAGUUGGUAUUGUGGCUAUUCUUGCUUUCUGUUGCACACUGUUGAUCUUUAUUACAUUUUUAAUCGAUCGUCAAGGCUAUGAAUAUCCUGAGCGUUCAGUAAUAUUCUUAGUCUUUUGUUACUGUGUCUUAUCAUUAACCUAUAUCGUUGGAUUUAUGGCGCAAAGAAAUAUUGCUUGCAAUCCAUCAACACAAUCGGUUAACUCAACAGUUCAUCAAGGCUCGGGUAAAGAAGGUUGUACGGUAUUAUUCCUAAUCAAUUACUUCUUUACUAUUGCCUCCAGCGUAUGGUGGGUAGUCUUCUCUCUCGGUUGGUAUCUAGCUGCUGGUAAAAAAUGGGUUGAAGAAGGCAUUAACGCUGUCUCGCAUUACUUUCAUUUAGCCGCGUGGUUAAUACCAGCGAUAUUGACAAUUGUAGUCUUGGCCUUGGGUAAAAUUGAAGGCGAUGUCCUUAGCGGUAUCUGUUUUGUUAAUACACGCAGUAAUUAUUUGUAUGGCUUUGUAAUUGCCCCGUUAAGUAUCUUUCUACUCAUUGGGCUUGGCUUUUCAAUUGCUACCUUGAUAUCGUUUUAUCGUAUACGCCGUGAAAUGCUAACUGAUCAUCGUCAAGGCGAUGGAACAGCCGAAUUUGAGAAACUGUUAAAGAAAAUUGGCAUCUUUGCCUUCUUAUAUGUUGUCCCGGGUAUUAUUGUAAUAUCCUGCUACCUCUAUGAAGCUAGUAAUCAAAACAGUUGGACAGCAUAUUGGCAACAACAAAAUUGUAGACGAUACUCAAUGUCGUGUUCGUCAACUAGUAUACCAGCUAAUGCCCCUAAUUUAGCAAUAUUUAUUGUCAAAUAUAUCGCCUUAUUCUCAUUUGGUAUUGCUAGCAGUUAUUGGAUCGGCUUGCAACGAGCAGUAACUGCAUGG